GAUAAGAAAAGGAAAGUAAUAAAAGUGCAUUCACAUAUUACAUAAGCCACUAUAGCAGGAAAUGGCUAUAUAUUCGAGGUCCCUGGGGGACUAAAAAAAAAAAAAAAGCAAAGGGAAAUGAUUCAAGUGACCAGUUUGAAAAGGAGCAAGUUUUAAAAGACAAGGAGAUGCCACGCAACACUGAGAUCAAGGCAAGAGUGCAGGAUGUGGCCAAGCUGCACAAGAUUGCUGCCGAGUUGUCCCAGAGCAGCGGGGAAGUGCUGUACCAGGAGGACACCUUCUUCAACACACCACAGGGGAGACUCAAGCUCAGGGUUAUCAAGGAUAAAAGAGAAGAGUUGAUAUAUUAUGAGCGACCAGAUCAGGAGGGUCCCAAAUGCAGCGACUUUGUUAAGGUGGAAAGGAAGGCUGGAGAGCUAAGUGACGACAUAAAACUAUUAUUGAGUCGUUCCCUUGGAGUUAAAGGAUCUGUCAAGAAGACCAGGACACUGUACAUGGUUGGCCAGACAAGAAUUCAUGUUGAUAAGGUGGAAAAUCUUGGGGACUUCAUGGAACUUGAGGUAAUGCUGAAUGAUGACCAGUCUUUGGAAGAAGGAGAGAAGAUUGCCUUAGACCUGCAGGAGAAGCUGGGUGUCAAGCAGGAGGAUCUCCUUACUGGAGCUUAUAUGGACAUGAUCUUGAAGCAAUAAAAGUUUUUCAAUA